CGUUUAGCCGUUAUCACGUUCCGCUCCAGAUUUGUGUCUAUUAAGCCUGUAGUACACUCUUUGUCUAAUAGUCAAAUAUUUGAUCUUCUGACAUAAUGGUCAAAUUUAUUUGACAUCAUGGUUGUUGUUUGCCCGUGUUUGCCCCAUGUUAAAAUUGGAGAGUGACAAAUAAUUAUCUUUGACCAAAUUUUUAUCUGUCAAAAAGUGACAAAUAUUUGACGCUCGGUCAAAGAGUGUACUAUACAGGCUUUAGCUGUAUUCGAUAUUUUUGACAGUUUUGUAUUUUGAAUGGAAAUAAUGUCGACACGGUAAGACCAGCACAGGGUGAACACAACACAUGCUCUUAAUGUUUAAUGUGUACCAAUUAUUUUAUCGAGUAAUAAGCCAAUAAAACGUGCACAGUAAUGCUGUUGUUAAAUUUUGCAGGCAAAGAAGAUAACCCAGAGCUAUCUCAACUUUGUACACACAUUGAAAACUGUGAUUGGUUCAAAUGUUUCAAUAGCGACUCGUUCCAGCUAGUAGCGGCAGGAAAUCCAGCUAAAGUUGACCGGCAGGAACUUCUUUUGACAGCAAUUUCUGCUCUUUUUGCCUUUAUUCAGGAUAACUUUGUUGGACCGAAGCUACCUACUGACAACGUAAUCAAACUUUCACCAGAAUUUAACGCACUUGAUUUCGUCAGCACAGAUGGCGAAGAACUGGACGUGAAUGCCAGUUCAUCCGAACUGUUGUGCAUUUGUAAAAUCGCAUUCGAUCAUCUCAUCGAAGAUUCAACGGAUCAGGCAAGCAUUGACGAACGUUUGUGGUAUCUUCGAUAUCUACUAAUAUAUCAACGAUGUUUGGACGAUCUAACACAUAGUUUAUAUUCGAAAUUUAACCGGAACGUCGAGUAUUUGGUAAAAGGACUUGAUAAUAUUGAUGACUGGAAUUUGAAGCUACAGGUCCAUAUAGAAAUAGUACAAGGGUACGUUUUGUUCAAACGAAUUACAAAGUCAGAGGAAUGGAUGAAUUUAUUGAAGAAGUUCUCCGGUAUCGAAUUGACCGUUGAAGGUGUACUUGGCGUAAGAACAAAAUAUCAACAAAACCCUUUGCCGCAGCUAACUCUUCGAACCACAGGAUUUGAUACACUGUUACUGAAAUCGUCCAUUGAAACGCAUGGACACAUACAUCUUCCAUCAAUAUUAAAACUGGAAGAUGAUUUACGCUUAGAAAAAGUCAAAUAUGUCGCUGAACAUGAAAAUACGGAUGUACAACUGCCAAGUUUAGUACAGGAAAUUGUACUGACUAAUUUACUCUAUCUGAAACACUCCCAGCCCAAGGAUAAAUUAACCAAUGAAGAGUUGCAGCCGUACAUUACUUCUUUAUUAUACCAACAGCAUGGCCCUUGGUUAACAAGAAUUGCAACUCUGUUUAUCAAUAUUUGUGAAGAAGCGAAUCACAAACGAACUGUUGAUCGUUCACUAAAGCAAUGCGAAGAGCUUGUUCAUCUCCUGACGUCAGACUUAACACCGGUACGAGAUCGGUUAUCUUACGUAUUCUGCUCGGGAGUAAUCCCUCGUUGGCAAAUUAAAGCCAAACUUGGGGAUCUUAUGAUCAGUUUGGGAAUGAUAAAAACUGCCUUAGACCUUUACCUGGAAUUACAGCUUUGGGAAGAAGUAAUCGCAUGUUAUAAUUUAUUGGACCUACGACACAAAGCAGCAGACAUUAUCAGACAGGAAAUAAGCAAAAAACCAACAGUUUUAUUAUAUUGCUUGCUGGGAGAUGCAACGGAUGACACCAACUACUACAGAACUGCAUGGGAACUGUCCAGAGAAACCAGUGCAAGGGCCCAACGUCAUUGGGGUAAUUUUUAUUUUGCUAAAAAACAAUAUAGCGAAGCGAUUCCACAUUUGCAAAAGUCAAUUGAAAUUAAUUGUUUACAAGGAACAACUCUUCUCCGGCUUGGUUUUGCCGCCUUACAGCUUGAACAGUGGGAAGUAGCUGCUAAAUUUUAUAGGUUAUAUACGUCCCUAGAAUCACACGGGUUUGAAUCAUGGAAUAACCUAGCUAAGGCCUAUAUUAAACUGGGAGACAAAAAACGAGCCCAUAAAAUUUUGCAAGAAGCGCUUAAAUGUAAUUUUAACAAUUGGAAGGUAUGGGAAAACUUUCUUAUCGUAAGUAUCGACACGAAAAACUAUGAAGAUGCUAUAAAUGCAUAUGAGCGCCUUGAAGAGCUGAAGGAUAAAUUUUACGAUCCAGAAGUUUUGGAAAUUUUGACUAAAGUAAUCUCUGACGGAGCGCUGGAUGCAAACGGUAAUUCGUCACAUCGGUUUGCAAAAAAGAUGCUUAAAGUUCUUGGGCACGCGUGUGCUAAAAACGUGGCUAACGGUUAUUUGUAUGAGCUAUCUGCUCGUCUCGAAUGUGAAGAUUUACUCAAAAAGGCAAACAAGUUACAGAACGCUUAUCGCGUGUAUACACAAACCAAUAGUCACUGGUCAAAAGCGCCAGACAGCUGCGAAAAAAUACUAAAACUGUGCGUUCAAUUGUGCCAAAGCAGUUUACAGGCAUAUCUGGACGCAAAAUGUGACGUGAUUAACUAUCAAGCGGCAAAAUCGCAAUUGUCAUCGGCAAGACUUACUGGCCAAGGAUGUCUCCGCGCAGCGAGCAAUGAAAACUGGGAGCAGCAUGCUGACCUGGUUGAGCAGCUCAGAGAUAUUGUACAAAAGCUUACUGAUGAGUUAACAAAAGUAAAUAAGUAAUACAAGUUUGUAACAAUGAGUUAGUUGUAAUAUGUUCCUUACAAUAGAAUAAAAACCUGUAUGA